GGGUACGACAUCAGCAACUUCUAUGAAAUCCACGAAGAGUAUGGUACCAUGGAACAGUUUGAUCAGCUACUUAAGAGGGCUCAUGAACUUGGAAUAAAAUUACUAUUGGACUUCGUGCCGAACCACGCGAGCAAUGAAUCCGAGUACUUCAUAGAGUCCGAAGCGAGAAAUCCGAUAUAUGAGGACUUCUUUAUCUGGGAUGAUGGUAUCCCUGACCCAGAGAAUCCAAAUUCCAGACCACUCCCCCCUUCAAAUUGGGUAAGUGUUCUAGAAACUUCCAGAAUAUGUUCACUAAGUUCUCACAAGAUAGGCCUGCUAGUAGCGAGAGGCCUGCCCACCAGGUUUCUUUACUCUUCAUAGCGAUCUGCUACUCUG